GCCACACCUUUCCACGCCUUCUUCAACAAGUGGUGAUUACAGUAAAGCCAGGCUCGAAAGUAUAAGCAAGUUCACAGCAGUUAUGGGGUUAUAAUCAACAGGGAAGCUCAAGUGUCAAACCAUACAGAAACAUGUUGGGAACAGCCUUUUUGCUUCUUAACGGACUGCUUAUACUAUUACUUCUUUGGACCACUCGCACAAGAAAGAAGAAUGAGCCUCCUCUUGAUAAGGGCUUCAUCCCAUGGCUCGGUCAUGCUCUUGAGUUUAAAAAGGAUGCUGCAAAGUUUUUGGCACGCAUGAAAGACAAACAUGGAGACAUCUUUACAGUCCAUGUUGCUGGUUUGUAUGUGACAGUGCUGUUGGACCCAAACUCCUUUCAUAAUGUGCUAAAUGAUGAGACUAACUGCUUUGACUUCACCCGUAUCAGAGGCCAGGUUAUAAAAAGGAUCUUCAAGCUGCAGCUCCCAUUUGACAAUCCUACAUCUGAAAGAAAAUGGAUGGAAGAACAUUUCCAAGGUCUCAGUCUGGAGAGGCUGAACUCCUCCAUGAGCGCUCACCUUACCAGUGUGAUGCUCAAUAGUCUGGAAUGCUUCAACUCAUCAGAGUGGAGAGAGGAUGGACUGUUUGGGCUCUGUUACAGUCUUCUUUUCAGGGCUGGAUAUCUUACAUUGUUUGAGAGGAAGGAUAAUGUCGCUGCCGUCUACGAGGAGUUCCGCAGGUUUGACGAUCUACUCACCAAACUGGCUCGAAGUUCACUGAAGCGAGAGGAAAAGAACGUGGUCACCACAUCCCAGGAGCGACUGUGGAACCUGCUUUCCCUACGCUGUGUGAACAAAGAGUCUGAGCCUAAUUCUUGGCAGCAGAGCUACGCUGAGUUCCUGCAGAACCAGGGGGUGGAGGCAGACAUGCAGAAAAAAGCUCAGCUGCUACAGCUGUGGACCACACAGUGCAAUGCUGGUCCAGCUGCCUUCUGGGUCCUCGGCUUCCUGCUCACUCACCCCGAGGCCAUGGAGGCUGUUAAGUCAGAGAUCAGACGCCUUCCUUCCCUCCAGGAUACUUCCCUGCAGCGACAUCCAUGGAACCUGCUGGAGGCAAUGAGCACACCUGUGUUUGAUAGCGUUUUGAGUGAGACCUUACGGCUCACCGCUGCAGUAAUGAUCAGAAGAGAAGUAGUUCAAGACAAGAUCCUUCGGAUGGCCAAUGGGAAGGAGUACCACCUCAGACGUGGGGACAGAAUGUUUCUGUUUCCUUUUCUCAGCCCUCAGAUGGAUCCACAGAUUCAUGAAGAACCAGAGAUGUUCAAGUAUAAUCGCUUCCUAAAUGAAGAUAAAACAGUCAAAAAAGAAUUUUACAAGGAUGGGACUAGGCUGGAGUACUACACCAUGCCUUGGGGCGCAGGAAAGAACAUCUGCAUUGGGAAAGAGUUUGCUGUCACAGCCAUUAAACAAUUUCUGUUCCUGUUUUUGACCUAUUUUGAUCUGGAGCUGUGCAACCCCGACGCUAAACUUCCACCAGUUAAUCCCAGUCGCUUUGGCUUCGGGAUGGUCCACCCAGACGGAGAUCUGCGGGUCAGAUUCAGACUCAAGAGGACACAACAUGAAAUGUGACAUGUUGAAGGACUUUGCAAUAUCUUGAUUGAGUAACUCUGUUUUUGACUAAAUGUAGUAUUGCACUAUUUAUUUAGUUUUAUUCCUAAUCAGCUUGCCAGUAAACUUUGUUGUGUGUUAAACAAUGUUUGUAAUAAAUGAAAGCCAACUCAA